AUGCAGCAGGACCGCCAUGGUUGGUACAAAGAAAGCUGGUUCUACGUUUCUGCAGCGCUCCAGCUGAUCUGUGUCGGCAAGCUCUUAUUUGUGACAUUGCGGCGUCGGAGAAAAAUUUGGGAAGUUGCUCGAAGAUGUGGUUGCUGCAUCUGGAAGACAGAUCUAGGAGACAUGAAGCCUGAAGUGCGGAGGUUAAUUGAGAGCAGGGCCAGGCAAAGGCGCCUGGCGGCAACAAAAAGCUUCAAUACCUUCCUCGUGUUUGGCUACUUCAUAGUCUGUUUGAUUUUUCAGUACACCGCCUUGACGCAGAAUGCAUUGUUCCUGUCGCUAGAGCUGGCAUGGCUGAGCACUGUCAGUUUGGCGUUUUUUGGGAUUGGAUACAUGUAUCCACGAUUGUUUAGCUCCGGUAUUCUGAACUGGUGGUAUGUGGCGGGCAUGGCUUUGCAAUGUGCUGGAGCGGUACCCAUUUUCGGAACAGUGUACCCAAACUACUUUUUCGGUGCUCUGUCGACUAUGACAUUCCGACUGCCGGCUGUCCUAGUUUGCACAAAGCCUUGGCUGGUGCUCGCAUGCAAAACCUUCCCUCUUGUCAUGGUCAUACCGCGGACUCUGGUAUACCACAGUCCCGAGAACUUCAGGGCAGACGGCUGCCCCCGUCGGGUGGGCAGGUUCAACAUGAUUCUGUCGGAGGUGGUUUUCUUUUUCCUUGUGAAUUUGGCGGCCAUCGUGCUGGACAGACAUCUCCAGACACAGGAGAAGCAGCGCUUGCUCACGAGCCAAGCCGCCACGGAGCUCAGAGCAGCCUCAUCACUCCUUCAGCUGACCUGUGAUGCGGUCGUUGAACUGGAUGACAAGCUUCGCUUUGCAGCUCCAGCGCCAGAUCUCGAAGCAAUGCUCCUGAAGAAUACCCAGGCAGCUUCGCUUUGUGGGAAGCGCUUCACCGACUUGAUGCCGACUAGCGAAGAGGCUGAGCGGACCGAGAACCUCCUGCAGGGAACUGGCGGCUCGGACAUCUCCGCCACGGCCUUCCACACGCGCCUGAUCGACAGUUGCUUCAGCAAGUUCCGGACGGAAGUCUUCCACGUCAAAUACCUCCGUCCGAACCAGCAGGUGUGCCACCUGCUCGGACUGCGAGACUUCACGGAUCAGGGCUCAUUGGCGGGCCGGAAAGCUAUGGACAGCUCAGCCGAUGCGGGUCAAGGACUGUUGGAAACAGGCAUGCACGAUAUGGGCACGCCCGAGGUAGAUCCACAGCAGACGCGACCCCUAGAUUCCAGUAUGGAUUCCAGCGCCGGCGGUGUGGAUGAUUUCGAGCAAAAGGGUCCACAGAGUACCUUCCUGUACAUUGACAUGGACCGAUUGCAAGCGACGUCAGCCUCUACUAGCGCUUGCACCCUUGCUGGGAAGCCGUUGAAAGACAUAUUUGGGCCAGUGGAGCUUGACUUCCUUCAGAAGGCUUGGGUACAGGUGCGUGCCGACCGGAAACUUGCAGUGAACAACAAGGCUCUUAACUUUCAGAACCUCGAAGUAUUGCUGGAUGACUGCGACAACUCCGUCCCAGUCCUUGUCACAGGCAAGAUCGAAGUUGUGCAGCAUGCCGAGGGGAGAUUGGACUUCCUGCUGCAUUUUCUUUCUCCGUCACUUGCCUCGACACCCUCUUCCCUAGCGACUUCAUCACAAGGUUUGCAGUCAGCCAGAGCUUCGUCCAUCAAAAUGCUUGUUGCUCUGUGA